AUGUCAUUUUUGGCACACCUAGAUACCAUUGCUUCCGCCGGUUCAAUCGAACUGAUGCCACUUAGCAUGCGAGGUUUUCAAAAUCCCACCCAGGCCACAGUUGUUGAGCAGCUUUUCGCCUCUGCACAGAUGCCUCCCAGGAGAUUCGCCGCCUACCUUGAGACUGACUUGAACUAUGUCCUUCGGGUAUACCAUGAGAGGCCAACCUCGAGCGCGAAAUUCGUAGCGCCUAAGAAACCCGCAGCAUGUUCAUUCGGAUAUGGACAAGUAAACCGUGGCUCAAUCCAGGCUCUGAUAUGGCCAAGCCAUGAUUCGACGCACCCACGGCGGCAGGUGGGACAAGUUGGCACAUUUCAUUUCGCGAAGUCCCGCGUGAAGGGCAUCGUCGGGCAGCAUAACACCAUGACCAUUCCGCUUUGCGACGCGAACCUCAAGUUGCGGCUGUCUCAGAAUGCCAAGACAUGGCCCUGUAGAGACGGAACAUGUCCUGUAUCGAAUACCCGGCCGAGUUCUAUUGAUAGCACCACCUUGGCGAUGAGGGCAGCCGUACCGCUCUCGACCCGUCCUGACAGAUGCUUGACAGCUGGACAUGCAGGCUCCUGUGCCUGUGGCCGCGAAAUAUGCUCAAACGAAUCUCGCACGUUAUACACGCCUGGUCUACCAACAAAUCCACUUCACAUCGAUGCGAAUAAUGCGGAGCACGAGCCUGCCAGAGUUUACCGGAGCUAUAGCAUUGUCUCCGGGCUCGAUGUCGCCAAUCCUCCGUCCUCUUUGAGAGUUUCUGGGCGACAAUGCCUAAUCGUCGGGGAAUCGGGUACCCAAGAAAUCGCGGUCGUAUCGUCCGUGACGACGCACGUGGCUACAAGAGCUCCCCCCGGACAGGUCAUUGCGCAGCGGUAUCUCAGGCUCUCUAUAUGUGUCGAUAACGACGCUGGCCCUAACAAGCUCUUUGCUUUUGCAACCAAAAAUCAGGAUGUGGACCUCGAAGAAGGCGCAGCAAGUUUCACCGUCGUCCGAGAACAACCCCGUGCUCCUUCCAACCGCCAGCCCUGCCGCGAGCGUACGACUAUACGAUAUGCGUCGAUUAGCUACCUAUAUUCAACUUGCGAAAGCCAAAAUCUCAUCGUGGGAGCAGCAACCAAGCGGUGUGAAAAUCUAAAUGCUGCCGGAGCAUGGAGCCAUCCCCAAACCUUGGUAUUCCCGGCUGGAUCGCGGACAUGUGCAUUAGGUUUCCUGCUGGUGGCAUUCCGGAGGCCAAGUUGCCCCUCCAUCUCUCGACUUGAAGGCCCCCAUAAUCGCUGGCCCAUGCGACAUAUGACGGCGGCUAUAUUUCCAGGGCCGUUGACACGUCGUUGCGUCACAUCAUACAGUCGAUAUCAAACCUCUUUCAGAGCGGCGCUGCUCGAUUGUGUAUUGCUACUGGUCGUUGUUGCGCUGACGUCUGGGGAGCGGCUCAGGAUUGUCAAGUUAUUUAAUGUCGCGUCGCACGAAACGGACAAUUGUCGGGCGAGUAGGGAGGGGCAGUCGUGGCCAAACCAAGUUGACGAUACGACAGAGGGGGUGACGGCCGUCGACGUCUCCACUGGAUCGACCAGCUCCACUAGCAAGGAGAACUUGGACCACAAGAUGCAUCCACAAGGAGAGGUUGACUUCACGACUUCAGCAAAUUCACCCACAUCGCAAAGGCUGCUCAUGGGCCUCUCGCUGCUGCUGGCCCUAGAGCUCUUCCAAGACGGACUGCUUCGCGCCAAGGUCACGGCGGAACGGCAAGCCGAGGUUGACGAGGGUAGCGGACGGACUACAGACCGACACCACCCAUGGACAAGUUUGACGAGUGAGAAGACGAUCGAAGCCAUCCAGGCUUUCUCCGGGACGCCUGCGUGGGAUAAAGGCUGCACUCGCAGUCGCCAGCAGCAUGGCACGAACAUGUCAGCAAACAGAUGGUCAAUUGCGCUACGACGCAGCAAGGGCAGCGGCGACGGCACGGGUACGGCGAAUGUCGCAAUAUGCUGGCCGGGCGAAAUCAAACGGAUAGGGACGCACAUUCGAGCAUCAGUCAGAAUUGGCCGCCUCCCGGAGCCCGUCACGCCGCACAUCUGGAAUGCAAGCCGAGUCGAGAACCGGUUCUGCAGGCUCUGCAGCGAGCUCCAAGAUGUUCAUCUUGCUUCAAACUGGGCAUGGUCGAAGGAGGCUGUGCAAAGUGUGGGGUCGAAUAGGAGUGUCACUCUUGGUCCAGUGCGUCCGCAAGUGACCAGGCCAAGCCUGUCGUCUCGCGCAGGUGUUUCCAGCACGAUAAUGGCGGACACAGAUGCCAAUCUGUUUCUUUCUGUUGUUAGGAUAGCACCCUGUCGACUGCCCUCCCUCUUCUUUCUCAACCAACUUCCAGAAACCCAGCCUGACUGCCGACGGAGUAUACCUCAUGUCUCUUAUGGCGCCCCUCGUCGGCGUUGCCAGCUUCAGCUCGACCAUCGUCUAUCUAGCGGCUCACCAAAGACUAGCAACGCCGGCGUCUGUGCGGAUGCGAAUUACUCGACUGGCUGCAAGGAGGGGCAGCUAGAUCCUGGGUUCAUGGGUUUUAAGAAGCUUUCCGUGGUCCUGGUCUCUGCAUCUCAUCCCACCAUACUUGCAGGCGCUUGGUUAGUCAGGUCGACCGCAAGUGUGAGCACAUUGGGCACAAUGAUGAGCCGUAUCAAAGGACGGGCAGCAGUGGAGUUUCUCGACAUCUGGGUACUUGGCACCGCAUUGAGCGACAAGCCGUUGGCUCCUGCCCCGGACGAGAGCUCACAGAAUGGACAGAACGCCUCAGAAGAGCAGCUGCCUGGAGGUCGAGUGCGCCAGGCCGCGACAGCUCGGUAUCGAAACCAAAAAGCUGCGAUAUGGUGGUUUCUCAAAAAAAAGACAUCCACUCGAAGGCGAAUGACUGAAUGCGAAUGGCAGCGCCGCGUCUGGGUUAUGCUCAUGGAUGGAUUUUCAUGGGUCCCUCUUCCCGGGCAGAUCUCCCAGAUGUCUUGGCCCUUGCCUCGUGUGCGGCGUUCCAGCAGCAACAGCGACAGCAGCAGCGGCGACGGCAAUGAUCCAGGAAGCAAGCGGGCCUGUAAGAAAGACGCAUGUACCUCUCAGGCCAGUUUUCCAUAUGGUCAUGCUCACAUCGCAUGUAUCGAAAAUACUACUGAUCUUGGCCUGCCUUUCGCCGCCGCCGCUGUUGGACUCGCCCCAGCGGACCCUGUGUCCAUCGCAUAUAAUAUGAGGAACAGGGACGCGCCUGAGAAUCGGGAUGGAGGGGGGACAAACCGAAGACCGUGGGAAAAGGAACGAGAGAACGACAAAGAAAAGCGCGAUUAUUCGAAUCCGACAGGAUCUGGUACUUGGUCUGACUUAUUGAGGAGAGGGAAAGGAUUCCUACCGGCUUUUGUCCCGCAUUGUGAUUUUUCCAUUUACCUACUCCGAGAAUAUUACUACGUCUUUGUUCCACUUUCUCGACCUUUCUCUCAACGCAUUUUCGACUCCAUCACAGGAAUUCGACUCGAGAUAUUGGGUGCCGGGAACCAAUCACAAACAGGUAUGUUUCCGCUAUCCAACGCGUCUUUUACCUCUCUCUCUCUUACUCUCUUUUCCUCUCUAUGGGUCUUUUCCAAAGAUACGAACACGGCCGAGACCAACCAACCCUGCCGUUUACCAUUGUACCUGGUCAUAGUCAUUAGCGAGGAAAGGUACCUUGCAUGCCGUCAUUCAAGACGUCUUGUUGCCCGUCGGUCAAUUGAAUUGAAGCACCCCUCCUCCUCCACUUGCCCCGACUCGUUGGACCCCUCCACGUUCCCGCCACGAGCUGUUGUCCAUCUCGCAUCGUGCCCGCACGGCGCCUUCCAGUCCCAAUCCGAUCAAGAACAGCCGGCGGCGGCGACAAGCACGGAAGACAACGGACAAGUGCUUGGCUGGGACCAGCGACGGCAAGCCGCAAAUGGGGUCAUUGGGAAUACCUACCUCGCAAGCAAUUUGUUGCACCUCAGGAAGCAAGAGCAAGAGGCAACGCCCGCUGCUGGUGCCCCUCACCUUCCCUCGUCCCCCCGUUCACCCCCCGUUCCCCGUUCCGCUCCUACCUUGCCUCUUCCCAUUUGCUUCAACUCGCCUUCCACUCCCACUCCCACACUCAUACACACCAAACCUUACCUGCCUUGCCUUGGGCCCUUUUUGCACUGCCUCAACGCCCUUUCCCUCCAUCCAUUCAGAAAUUUCCCGCUAACCAGCAUUUCCUUUCUCCCCUCAAGUCUCAAUCUUGACGUCUGUCAUCACAAUCACCACACUCCUACCAACACCAACACCAACACCAACACCGCCCACCUAAUUCCAACCACCAGGUCCGUAUCUCACUUCCCUCAAUCCCUCACUCUCCUCGGAAAAAAAUACUGCAACAAACCAAUACACACCUCGGCCUCUUCCAGCGCCCACAACCCCAUCUGCUUUCCAUCUCGCACUGCCAUCCUCCGGCCUGGAAAUUGUACGUUUGCUUUGUCGCCCAUGUCGGGCCACUUUGCGCGCUAUCGUCAAGUGACAAAGGCCAUCACUGGACACUGCCUCGUCUCUUUGCUGCACAGGUGGAUGCGAAGUCUCCCAAUGUUGACUCGCAUGCUCAACUGA